UACAGACCUCCAUCCCCCACAGACGACAAGAAAAGCGAGUUCCGGCCGUCACCAACCUCCAUAGGAUUCCUCUUUUCCAGCUGGAAACCCCUCGUUAUGAUUGGUGCUGCCACGUUACUGGUAUCCUUCCUCUUCCUAAUAGGAGGGUCGGAAGCCAACCGACAAGACGCACUCUACCGCUCUCAGCAGCAGCAAUUCCCAUCCCAUCACCGGGCGUGUCCGGAUUACCGGGACUACGCAACACGCCUGCACCCGCCUUAUAGCAAGGGGAAAUACCGACUGCCAUUCCAGCGACCCGUGGAGGAAUGCAGGCUCUACAAUUCUCCAGCCGUGGAAUCACUGAUCGCGGAGAUGAACGCGAGGAUCAAGGAUAAGGACCUAGCUAGGCUCUUCGAGAAUUGCUUCCCGAAUACGCUGGAUACGACGGUUAGGUGGCAUUUGAAUUCCGAGAGGGUUGCUGAUAAGCAGAGCUUUAUUGUCACGGGUGAUAUCAAUGCUCAGUGGCUGAGGGAUAGUACAAAUCAGUUGGCCCAGUAUCAGUUGCUCGCUAAGAAUGAUGAGUCCUUGAGGAAUUUGAUUUUGGGAGCUAUUAAUACCCAGGCGGAUUUCGUGCUACAGUCUCCUUAUUGUAAUGCUUUUCAACCUCCCAAGGCUAGUGGGCUCGCACCGACCUCCAAUGGCCAGGACGAUAAUGUUCAUCCGGCGUACGAUAACACUGUGGUGUUUGAAUGCAAAUACGAGAUUGACUCACUGGCUUCUUUCCUUUCUCUCGGAAAUCAGUACUACAAUCAUACCGGCGAUCUCUCUUUCGUCGGGGAGAAAUGGCUAUCAGCGGUGGAUAAUGUCAUGGCAUUGAUUGAAGAGCAACAGGCCUCUUCUUUCAGCAGGACCGGUUUGGCUCAACGUCAGGUCUAUACUUUCCAAAGGAGGACCACGCUUGGGACAGAGACUUUGAACCUGGGGGGUAUCGGCAAUCCUAUUAACCAUAACACUAGCUUAGUCAGAUCCGCCUUCAGGCCCAGCGACGAUGCUGCGAUUAUGCAAUUCUUCAUUCCUGGAAAUGCUAUGUUAGCUGUGGAGCUCAAGCGAACCGCAGAGAUCCUGAGGAAGGUCAGGCAGAUAGAGUUAGCAAAUUUUGUUCAAAAAAAGGGUGAAGCGAUUGAGGCCGGUGUCUGGAAGCAUGGUGUCAUUACACAUCCGGUUUUCGGAAAAGUCUUUGCAUAUGAAGUCGACGGAUAUGGUUCGCACAUCAUCAUGGACGACGCAAACCUUCCGUCCCUACUCGCAUUACCAGUGCUUGGCUUUGUCGACGUUAAAAACCAAACAUACCAAAACACCCGAAAGAUGCUUCUUUCCCGGGAAGGCAACCCUUACUUUUUGACCGGGACUGAGUUUAAGGGCAUCGGAGGUCCGCAUAUUGGCAUCACACACGCUUGGCCGAUCAGCUUAUUGAUUGAAAUCUUGACGACUAACGAUGAUGACGAAAUCUUGGCUCUUCUUGGGAUGAGCGUUAAUGUCGAGAGGGUGAAGGAUUAUACAAGAAGCUGGUUUGCUUGGGCGAACUCGCUCUUUGCGCAGACAAUACUCGACCUAGCUCAUCGCAAGCCUCAGAUAUUAUUCUCUGUGAAUGGAGGGAGAUAAAUAGUGAUGAGACCAAACUAUACCAUACCCAUAGACUAAAGGCACGAUGAAUGAAGGAGUAGUGACAUCUCUGUAGGGUUCUCAGACAUGGGGUUUAUGCUUUGUAUAUAUGGCGCUCUUUUAUUCUCUGUAUAAUUUACGGUAUCGCAAGCAUCAGGAAAAGCAACUUGUAGGAAUACUGGUCCCAAGCCAAGUUCAAGUUAAAAUUUACGGGUAUUGAUUUCUAAAAA